AUGGACGAGACUAUCCCGGAUACGCGCCGUAAAAGGCGCUCUGACGACGACGUGACACCGCCCCUCAGCAAAGGGGCCGUGCCAAAAGCCAAGAGAGGACGCGGCCGCCCGCCAACGACCGGACAAUAUGUCGGCUUGGCAAAGGCGCAGGCCGAUUUCAAUAGAGAGAAAGAAGAGGCCCUUCGACUCCAGGCCGAGGAGGAGGUAGCCGAGGCGGCCAGGGCGGCGCGAGAGACGCGUUCUUCGCUCCUUGCAAGCCCCGCCGCCAUGGAAGGAGACAGGCCAGAGCAGACCAACUACACUCUGGCCCAAUGUGUUGAGACUUCGCUGGGAACGAUCUCCAUGGUCGCAGCGAAGUCGAACAACCUCAAGGGGACGUUCCAACGUCUCCUCAAGGAGGCGGUCAGCGACAUACGCGCCACCGUCGCCGAAAUGAGAAGUCGCGGAGCGACCGAAGAAAUGAAGGCCCUCGAGGCUCAGAAUGCGCGGCUCCAGAAUGAAGUGGAGUCUUUGCGCAAAGAGCUAGAGGAGCUACGCCGACAGGUGAUGAAGCCGGCCGAGCAGGACAUGCGCCAGCUGUUGUCUGAGGUCUCUCGAUCUAACGUGGAGACCUUCAGCAACAUGCUGAACGCUCGGCUGGCUGGACUGGAGAGUCGGCUCCUUCCAGAGCCUCGACUGCGUCCUCCGCUCGCAGCGGACAGAGCUCGGAGUAUUACGCCGGCUCCCGUCGAGAGUGUUGAGGCUCCACCGGAUGUGACGCCGGAGCCCCCGAAGCAGAAGGCCAAGGGGAAACCGGCCCCAAAGAAGAAACGGCAGUCAGCCGCCGCAGCGGCCCCGCAAGAGGCCCCUGCCGCGCCCGAGGCGCCCAAGGCCAAGAAAGGCCGGAAGAAGAAGCGGCUGUCUAUGGCCGCUCUGGAAGCGACACAAGGGGGAGCGAACACCAGCUCCCCUCGUACGGAGGCCCCAUGGACCACGGCGGCGGAGUGCGGGGCAGCAGAGCCUAACUGCUCCCUGUGCGAGACCGCUGGCAAAGUAGAAAGGGGGCACGUGCUGGGCAGAUGCCCAUCUGCUAAAAAGCCGGCCCCCGGAGAAGAGAAGGCCCCGUCUAAAAAGGCUCGGCAAAAGCCGAAGCCUAAGGGCAAGCGGGCUCCGCCCGUCUCUGCCGCGAUGGACAUGGAGGCCUAG